AUGGCCGAAAAGCCAAAUUCAGAUGUCCCGCCGUCGGGUGCUCAGCCGAACCCGGCUCCGAAACAGAAUCCAGCACUUCGAAUGAUGGGCAUGCCCAAUUUUAAAUUCAAGUUGCCCUCGAGAAAUUGGCUGAUAUUCCUCGGUGUCACCGGUUCCUGGACUGCGGCGGUUUUAUAUGACAAGCAUCAAAAGAAGAAGGUGCAGAAGAAAUGGUGCGACCUAGUGGCUCACAUCGCAGAGGAGCCGCUCCCCUCGAAUUAUCUACGGAGGAAGUUGACGGUAUUCUUGGCGGCCCCCCCUGGAGACGGAGUGAGAACUUCUAGGCAGUACUUCAAGGACUAUGUCAAACCGGUUCUGGUCGCCGCGGCCCUGGAUUAUGAUGUGAUUGAAGGCCGAAAAGAAGGAGACGUCAGAUAUGGGACGGCAGAACAGAUACGCAGGUUCCGCCGGAAACAGGGCGAGAAUGGUUCAACUCCUGUGGAAGAGGUGGUGGACAAGGAAAAAUUAAUCGAUGAGGUCCGGGAGAAGCUGCACGUUGUGCCAGAGCCUGGCAUUCGUGGUGAUCUGGUCCUUGGGAGACAUACCUGGAAAGAGUAUAUACGAGGAGUCCAUGAAGGUUGGCUGGGACCCAUCGAACAACCUCCACCGCCUGUAGAGCCAGAAGCCGAAUCCUCACCCAUACACCCGCCUACCGAGGCUCGAACGGACGAUCCUGCAGCCACCACUGAGAAAGCAGCAGUGGCAGAGAAGGCAGACGAAGGAACAGAGAAGACGGAGCCGGAAUCGGAACCGGAGAAAGAGAAAAAGAAGCCAUACCCUCCUCCAGCAUACUUGUCGGUUGACAAAUACCCGUCAAGUUCUCUAUCACCGAACACGCCCAUGGUCUUGGAACCCUCACAACCGAUCCAUCAGCUGCAUCUUCUUGGAUUCCUCAAAUUCCCUUGGCGGAUGUACAAUUUCCUCAAUCGUCGUCACUUAGCAGACCAGGUUGGUCGCGACACAGCAGCCAUUGUCCUUGCCGCCAGUCGACCUUACCACCGCGGAGCAGGCUUUUCCACGACAGAUCCAGAUCUCGAAGCUGACCCACUAGCCACAAGAUCGCCUGAAGUGGAUGCUGCUGCACCGUCUGGCCAAGGUUGGGAGCAACAAGCGCUACUUGCGGUGGAGGAACAGACAUGGCACAAGUCAGUCCGGAAGGCUGCCCCGGAAGGCGACGCCACCGAGCGUGUAUGGCUGGACGAUGUUGUCAUUGACAACCGGAUCGGCGAACGCAUGAGAAGGUUCGAACUCGACCCGGAAGAAGAGGCGAGAGCCAACAGGAUCGCUUCUGGGGUCGAAAAGCCUCGUACCUUCCACGCCGAAGAGCCGUAA